AUGGAGGCUGCGGGCUUGAUGAACAAUUUCCCAUGUUUGGUUAUACGUGGUAUAUCAGACUAUGCCGACUCGCACAAGAACGAUAGAUGGCAGCCGUAUGCAGCAGCAACAGCAGCAGCCUACGCGAAAGAGCUGUCGAGCGUUGUGCCUGCAAUCGAGGUGAAGAACUCGCGGACAGCGAAAGAGUGUCUCCAAUCGCUUGCGUUUCCUGAACAGGAGCAAAGAUUUUUGAACGUACACACCGCGCAAAACACAUGCCAAUGGCUUCUGGACGACAAGCAGUAUCAGAACUGGGUUCAGAGCCCUCGAGGAUUUUUCUGGAUCAAAGGACACCCAGGUACCGGGAAGUCAGUGCUGACUAAAUUUGCGGUUACCUCGUACCGGAAAUCGAACCCUAACCAGAUCGUUGCAACGUUCUUCAUCCAUGGCCAGGGCAUAAGUCUGCAACAUACUGUGCACGGUCUUCUCCGGGCUCUCUUGAACUCUCUAUUGCUGGACUUUCCUCAACAUCUCUUGGAGCUUACGAAAGUUUUCAAAAGUCGAAACGAACAGCGUGGCAAUUACGACCAGGGCAAAUGGGAGUGGGCUACUAGUGAGUUGCAGGAAGCCUUGACCCGGGUCCUGAGAGACGGGACAACAUCACAACCCGCCACCCUCUUCAUCGAUGCUCUUGACGAAUGUGGUGAAGAAGCUGCAAGAAGCUUGCUAGUUUACUUUGAGACCCAAACAAAGUGUAAAACAGCACAAGUCAAAGUUUGUGUAUCAUCCAGGCACUACCCAAUUCUUGGCCUUGACGACAAUCCGACAGUCCAUGUUGAAGAGCGGAACGCCAACGACAUCGAACAGUACGUCAGUGAACGGUUAGAAAGUGUCCAAUCAUUGACACAACGCGAAUCAUUCAAGGAAGGAAUCCUGGAAAAAGCUGAUGGUGGCUUCCAAUGGGUCCUUUUGGUUACAGAUAUGAUGCUGGGGGGGCACUUGAACGGAGUCAAACUGGAAAGACUACGCGACCAGCUGGCCUCAUGUCCCGGUGAUCUCAGUCAGCUCUACGGAGCCAUGCUUGACGGUGUCGAUGCCGCCGAGCGAAGCCAGAUGCUGAAGCUCUUUGAUUGGGUGCUGUUUGCUGAACAGCCCUUAUCUGUGCAGGAACUCCGAGAUGCACUUGCGACAGACGCAGAUAUGAUGCAUGAAACUGUCUCUCAGAUGAGGCAACACGACAGUUGGUCUGAUACAUUGGACGCUUUCGAAAGGCAUGUCAAACGACUCUCUAGAGGUCUCGUCGAGUUUCAAGUUCGAAAUAACCAGACAGUGUACACUGGAUGGCGGAUAGUGUACGAUCAAUGCGACACUACGACCCGGGAAGCUCAUCUGAUACAUCAAUCCGUUGCUGACUUUCUACUCGCAACGCAUCGCAACCAUGAAUCUUCACUAGGACUGCGCACCUUCCCGUCCACAGCAGCUAGAGGUCAUUUCAGAAUCUCGAGAUCCUGUCUGAAGUACCUAAACUUGAACGAAGUUCUGGACACUGAACGACUGACUAAAGAACAAAUUGCCUCUAGGUUCCUCUUAGCCGUGUACGCUGUCCGCUUUAGCCUACUACACAUUCGCAAGGUGGAGCUAGAAGGGAUGGAUCAAGACGAUCUACCUUCUGCGAUCCAAUGGCACUAUGGCGAUCAUAAGGUCAUGCGAAGAAAAGAAAUCCUUUGGAAGACCCUUGACCAGAAUAACUUUUGGACACCGAGAGGAUGGCCUUUCGUAAGGGCUUCAAUCUUUCACGUUCUUGUGGCCUGUGGUUCUCGAACCGCGUGUCUGCAUAUUCUUGACACGAAUGUCGAGGAGGCCAAUUCUGUCGAUGCGGAUGGUAACACACCACUCAUGUUUGCUAUCUGGCAAGGCUACGAGGAUGUAGUCCUGAUAUUCGUAGAC